UGUUGUUGGUGUCGUCACAUUUAACUUAGAAUUUCUUUUAUUCCUCUCUCCUCUUCUACUUCUCUCUCUCUCUCUUAUACCCUCCCCUCUAUUCCCACAGUUUCUCGUAUAAUCCAUUCAUUUAUUCUCUCUUUUCUUUCUUAUUAUUCCUGUCUGCUCUAUGACAUCUUUCACUAAAGAAACUUCUUCAAAAUGCAGUGCUCUUGCACUGAAAAUUAUUGCCGAGUGUUCCACGACCAAAGCCAGGGCUUGCCAACUGACCCUUCCUCAUGCAUCUGUCCUGACACCUGUCUUCAUGCCUGUCGGUACUCAAGGGACAUUAAAAGGAUUGCUUCCUGAACAACUUAAACGUCUAGGCUGUAAUAUCAUGCUUGGAAAUACCUAUCAUUUAGGCAAUCGACCGGGUCCUGAACUCAUGAAAAAAGCAGGCGGCCUUCAUGAAUUUAUGAGCUGGGACAGGAAUUUAUUAACUGACAGUGGUGGCUUUCAGAUGGUGUCUCUACUAAAGUUAGCCAAAAUUACUGAAGAAGGAGUAGAAUUCCAAUCACCUCAUGAUGAAACUAUGAUGCUAUUAACUCCAGAGAGAUCAAUUGAAAUUCAGAAUGCACUUGGGGCUGACAUUAUAAUGCAAUUAGAUGAUGUUGUAUCCAGUUUGGUAAGUGGGCCAAGAGUGGAAGAAGCCAUGCAUAGAACAGUUCGUUGGCUUGACCGGUGUCUCAAAGCUCACAGCCGACCACAUGACCAAAAUCUUUUUCCAAUAGUUCAAGGUGGACUCAAUGCUAAUCUUCGACGUCAGUGUGCUGAAGAAUUGGUAAAAAGGGAUGUUCCUGGCUUUGCCAUUGGUGGAUUAAGUGGAGGAGAAGAAAAACAUGCUUUCUGGAAGAUGGUUACCUUAUCCACAGAUGUUUUACCAAAGGAAAAACCAAGAUAUCUUAUGGGUGUUGGGUUUCCUGAAGAUUUAGUGGUGUGUGCUGCUCUUGGAUGUGACAUGUUUGAUUGUGUUUUCCCAACACGGACAGCACGUUUUGGUACUGCGCUGGUGCCAACUGGCCAGUUAAAUUUGAAGAAUAACAAGUUUGCCACAGAUUUCCGUCCAAUCGAUGAAAACUGUCCAUGCAGCACCUGUAAGGAAUAUAAAUACACUCGGGCUUAUUUACACACUAUAGUUACUUAUGAAUCGGUCGCAUGCCAGCUUUUAACAAUACAUAACAUUGCGUAUCAGUUAAAUCUGAUGCUGUCAAUACACGAAAGUAUUAAACAAGAUAAAUUUCCAGAAUUCAUCAAAGACUUUUUUAAGAAAAUAUAUCCUGAAGAAAAUUACCCUAAAUGGGCUGAAGAAAGUCUUUCAAGUGUUAAUGUACAUCUCAGGGAAUGUUGACACCUCUUUCUACAACUGCAUCCCCCUCUAUCCAUAUGCCAUUUUUGUUACCAACACUCACCUGUUUCCAAGGAAGGUAAUACUUCCCCACAACCAGACAUAUUUUCCAAGAAGGUUAUAACCAAAGGACACUGAAUGUAUGAUGAUUCUCAUUUCCAUCUAUUGUGACAAACACAUACAGUUACACAUACAUACAUAUAUAUGACAGGCUUCUUUCAGUUUCCAAGUUAGUAGGGUAUAUUUUGAGUGAGUUUUGUUGCUAUUUCUAACAAGUUGAGUGACUGCAAAGAGGCUUCCUCAUUGGUUAAGUAAGAUUACUUUGGCUCGAGCAUUGUCAGCAAAAGCAAGAUUCUCUGGCUUGUAGUCACUCCCACUGAGCUGUGAUUAUCUUCAUUUAAGUAAAUUAAUAAUUAGAAUACAAUAAAAAGACAAUUCCA